AGAUAUGGUAGUCCGCAUCACAACAGAUCGCAGUCAGUAAAAACACCAGGUAGGGCUUCCGGAAGACCCAACUACUUAUGCCUUCCGCAACAAAGGUCGCGAGUGGCGUCAAUGCCGAAUACGGGAGUUGAAGAGGAGUAUUAUAGGUUAAGACACUUCUCAAUAACCGGCAAGGGUAUAGUGAACAGGGGCGAUAGUUUAAAAAGUAGAAGAUCCAGGUCGAAUAAUUCUGUAGCUUCAAGUAAUUCAAGUACGGAACAGCUGCCGACGGCGGUAUCAGGAGCGGGCUCGGCCCGAACGUCUGCCUCCUGCAGCUUGGCGUCUUCGAGAGAGUCUUCCACGAGCGCACCUGGACCGACGCCGUACAAAGUGCUCAUGUUAGGAGGGCCGGCGGUGGGAAAGUCGUCUUUGGUGUUGCAGUUUAUGACGUCAGAAUAUCUACACGCUUAUGAUACUAGUAUAGACGAUGAAAGCGGCGAGAAGUCUGUAUCCGUCCUGUUGGCCGGAGAGGAGUCAGAGCUGUGUUUCAUAGAUUUCGCCACAGCAGAUCUUUCGCCGGAAAGCUGCAUCAGCAAAUACCUGGACCCGCACGCGUACUGCGUGGUCUACAGCAGCGCGGACCGAUCCAGUCUGGAUACGGCGGAAAAAAUACUCCAGAAUUUAUGGACGCUGGACACUAUCAGCACGAAAGCUGUCAUUCUGGUGGCGAAUAAAGCGGAUUUGGUUCGAUCGAGGGUCGUCACGACUGAAGAAGGUAAAGCAAUGGCAACUUCCUACGACUGCAAGUACAUAGAGACAUCUGUCGGCAUCAAUCACAACGUAGACGAACUAUUAGUAGGAAUCCUUACACAGAUCAGGUUGAAACUAGAAAAUCCCGAAAGGACGCGCGACAUAUUCAGAAAACGCAGCACUUCAAAAAAGAAUUUAAACAGGAACAAAAGCCCCGCCUCGGGAGCAGCAACGCCGACCGGCAGCGUCCAAAAUUCGCCGAAGAAAUACAGGGGAUCGAGAACUUCUGCCAGUCUAAAGGUCAGAAGCCUUUUAGGUAAAGUCUGGGCCAGAGAUAGCAAGUCCAAGUCCUGCGAGAACUUGCAUGUAUUGUAAAAGAAUUGUGAUAUUUAUUUAUAUAGUUACUUUCGGAAUGAGAUGAUGCGAGUCAAAACACGUCUGAAACGGGAAAAUUUUGUCCACGAGCGUUGAAAUUAAGCAACGAGUUAUUGGAAACGAAAUUUUCCCGUUUAGAUGUUACAGUGUAUGAUUUUUUUAUGAUUUGAUGAUAAUGAUGUAGUCAGUAGUAUUUUUUUUAGGAAAUCAGUGAUUUUGUUACCAAUUUUUUUUAUUUUUUUAUUUAUUAGUAUCGUUGUUACUGGAUAGGCAAUAAAAAAAGGAAAAAAUGUAAAUAUAAGAUAUUUUUAAUAAAUAGCGGAUUUUAUUACACAGGAUGGAUUAUUUAAAGUUUCUAUAAUUGAUUGAACGUCUCACAUAAACAAUUUAUUUAAAAUAAAUAUAGAAAAAAUCAAUUGGAUUCAAAUCUGGAAAACUAGUGUGUCGUUCAAAUUAUCCUUUUUUAUGAAUAAGUAAAAUUAUUGUCAUUUGUGUAAUAAAAUACUCUAUUUAUGUAAUUUACACCAUAAAUUGAGCUUAGAAAAAGUACAAUUUUAUUGUGAUUAAUUUAUUACCUUUUU